CCCGCCGACACGCUCCAACACGGUAAUACCACGGCGCUCAACUGCUCCUAGAAAUCCUAAAAUCAAACGUCGAAAUCCUCAUCUUUCUUUUAUUUGUGUGAAUUUUGAUUUAAUUUAUAGUUUCCUCUCCAGUUGAAUCUUUGAUUUAAGAGAGCGGCACUUUGAUUCCAAGAAUCUGAAAAAAAAAAAAAAAAUGUUGGCGCAAGCGCAGCUGCUAUUCACGGUGGCGUUCGGGGAGAUGGCGGUGAUACUACUGCUCCUCUUCAAGACGCCGUUGCGGAAGCUGCUGAUUAUCAGCCUGGACCGGGCCAAGCGCGGCCGCGGCCCGCUCGUAGUGAAGUCCGUCGCCGCCACCGUCUUUGUGCUCAUGAUCUACACCGUCUACUCCGUCCAAGAAAUCCAGUCGCGACCACUCGAAAGCAUCAAUCCCACCGAUCAGGUCCUCCUUGCCCAGCAAAUCCUUCAAGCCUCCCUCAUGGGGUUUGUACUCUUUCUUUCGCUGAUGAUAGACAGGCUGCAUCACUACAUAAGAGAGCUCCGCUUGCUCAGGAAGGCCAUGGAGGCUGCAAAGAAACACGAUCGAGGUUUUGAUAAUGGCAAGAAUGGCGGUGUGGAGGAGGUCAAUUCCCUAAAAGAGGAGAUCGCCUCAAUGAAGUCCAAGAUAAAGAAGCUGGAAUCAGAAUGCGAAGCAAAAGGGGAAGAGGUGAAAGCUCAGAAAGACAACUCCGAGUCCUUUAAAGGUCAGUCCGAAAAACUGCUACUCGAAUAUGGCCAGUUGCUGGAGGAGAAUCAACAUCUUCGAAGCCAACUUCAUGCACUCGACGAAAACUUAUCCCAUUCAAAUGGCAAGAAGAAUACUUAGUAGGCGAACGAGGAGCAAACGAUUAAUAGUUUUGAUAUCGUUUUAUGUUCAGACCAAAACUUGUCUUUAUAUUUCCUGGUUGAUUAUGAACACACGUCCCCAUGUUAUCUGUGAUUGUAUGUAUGUUUAUGAGUUUUGGAUCUUCUCAGGUUAUGAUAACAUCAUCAACCUAGUUCAUAGUUCCCCAAA